ACAUCGAAUUAUUUUGUUCGACGGCCGGCCCCACCUCCUUUCGCGCCCCACCACUGACCCGUGUACGAGUAUACGUGUUUUGUGGGUGUGUGCGUUAGGUCCGCGUGUGUGUGCGUGUGUGUCCGUCGACCGGGACCGUGACCGGGCCGGCGGGGCACCACACUCUCACUCGGUCGGUUUAACGACGGCAGCAGUUUGCCGCGAUCAGCCUUACCCGAACGUACGUCAUAAUAUACGCGAACACAUCGUAAUAAUACAUUAUAUACCUGCGAGCAAAUAACGUACGCACGCACACAAACACAUAUCAUGUCAUUAUUGUGUUCGGUACGUCACGACGUAGGUAUAUAAUAUAUUAGCCGCGAACCAGAUAAUAAUAUACAACGGUCCGUUGAUCGUUACCGUGUGUCCGCGAGCCGGAGAAGCCCGCGCGAAUUCACCGUCGCCGGUACGUAUUUGUGCGCAGUGUUUGCGAACCGCGCAACGAUAGAGUACCUAUACCGCGCCGUUUUUUGCGAACGCGACCACGCACCGAACGGUACACAUUUAUUGUACGCACCGUGUUUAGUGUCGGCAAACCGGCCGCCGCGCCCAGAAAACCAUCACAGUCUGCUCAAAGACGAUCACAGCGCGACAGACGUUCUACAAAACCGUACAUAUCAUAGCGUAUACGCCGCCCUACAGUCGCUGUGGACAAAUAUUAUGUACGAUUGUCCGCCGUUACCGUCAUCGACGCAUUCUCUAGCGCCGCCGUCACCGUUGUCGCCGUCGUCCCUACCGUYAMGAUUGCUGUCCUGUAGUCGCCUCUGAUAUUUUACGUGUUUGCAGCGCGGGUGUCAGCGUCGUAUAGUGAAGUAAAACCGUCCGCGAGCACCCGUGACCAUAUAGUUACACCGAAUAGGUACGAUAUAAUUUUUAUACCAAUAAACAGGUUAAACUAAAAACGCCAACUAUGACAAUGCUAUCGUCGCAAAAACUUUUGUACUCGGAUACGGCGACUGCAGCGGCCGCGGCCGCAGCUGCUGCUGCCGCUGCCGUCAACGCGGCAGCAAUGUAUGGCGGGAAUUCGUCGACCACCGGCGGCGGCGGCGGUGGUGGCGGACCGUCGUCGACACCAUCGCUGUGUUCGCCACCUCCACAGUCACACCACCAACAGCAACAGCAACAGCAACAACAGCAACAGCAGCAGCAGCAGCAACAGCAGCUCGUAUUCGGGAGCAGUGCUUCGGCCGCAGCUAACAUGCAACAGCAACUGUACGGUGGUAUGAAUUCCGCCGCAACGGCAGCAGCGGCUAUGUACGGUUUGAAYGCGUCGGCCGCCGCUGUUGCUGCCGCAGCUGCUGCCGCUGGUGCUGGAGGCGACCCGACCGGCGCCGCGAACGCCGCAGCGCUACAGCGGGUUCGCGCCGACAAGACGUACCGCCGGAACUACACGCACGCUAAGCCCCCGUACUCGUACAUUUCGCUCAUUACCAUGGCCAUACAAAACUCGCCGGUAAAAAUGCUCACCCUUUCGGAAAUUUAUCAGUUUAUUAUGGACCUGUUUCCUUUCUACCGGCAAAAUCAACAGCGGUGGCAGAACUCCAUCAGGCACUCGCUGUCGUUCAACGACUGUUUUGUUAAAGUGCCUCGGACGCCCGACAAGCCAGGUAAGGGUUCGUUUUGGACUUUGCACCCGGACUCUGGCAACAUGUUCGAGAACGGUUGCUACCUACGCCGGCAAAAGCGUUUCAAAGACGAUAAAAAAGAUGCUUCGUCUAUCCGGCAGCACGGCGACGGCGGUCACCACCACCAGCACCACGGUGGCCACAAUCACUCAAAGAGCUCGUCGCCCAUGCUACACAGCGGUGGUAGCCAACACCAGCUCAGCGGUCAACAUCAAUUAAGUGGUGGCCAUCACCAUCAACAACACCAUUUAGACAUGGUUCUGGACAAGAAACCGUCGUCAUCGGUACCGCCGUCGUCGGCGUCGUCCUCAUCCGUACUCGCCGCUGCUGCUGACCACCACCACCACCUACUUCAACUACAACACCACCAUAAUCAAAAACUAAGCGCCGGUGGUGGCGGACUCAUGUCGUCGGCCGCCGCUGCAGACUUGGGAUUCGGUGGUGGCAUGCACCAUCAACACCAACAACACCAGCAGCAGCAGCAACACAGCAAACACCAUUUGCUCCUGCAUCACCACCAUACGCACGACCACCAAAACAGCCACAACAACGGCAAUCACCAUGACAGUGACCACGAUCACGUGCACCACAUGCAUCAUCACUUACAACAACACGGUGGUGGUGACGAUGACUCAUCGUCGUCCAUGUUGGUUGGCUCGUUGCUGCAACAUCACCAACACCAGCAACAACAACAUCAGCAGCAGCAGCACCACCACCAGCAGCAGCAACACCAUCAGCAACAAAAUAGCCCGGUAGACAUUUACGCCGCGGCUGCGGCUGCCGCACAUCACAAUCACCAACAGCAACAGCAGCAUCAGCAGCAACAGCAGCAGCAUCAUAGCCACCAUCAGCAACUGCAACUGCAACAGCACCUCAAAUCUUCAGCAGCGGCUGCCGCGGCCGCAGCUGCUGCCGAAUUCGCCGCAUCCAACCAUCCAUUUUCAAUAACGCGACUGUUGCCGCCACCGCCAACGGCUUCGGCUGCUGCUGCUGCGUCAGCAUCCGACAAACCGUCGUCAGCCGCAUCCGUGGCCGCAGCCACCGCGUCGUCCGCGACGGCCGCCUCUGCCGCCGAGAAAAUGUACGAAAUGGCAGCGGCUUCGCAGUACGGWACCACAGCCGGGUAUAACGAUUACUACCACCCACACGCUCAUCCACAUCAUCCACAUCACCACGGCCAUCCACAUCCACACCACCAGCAGGCUUCACUUUACCACGCGGCAGCGGCCGCUGCAGCAGCCGCCGCCGCCGCAGCAGCCUCCGGUGGACCACAAUCAUCAUCGUCGUCCGUGUCAGGCGCUGCCGCCGCUGCCGGAUCGUCGUCGCCGUUGUGACAUCACCAUCACCAUCAGCAGCUUCAACAGCACCACCAGCACCAAUACCCGCCACUCGUUUGAAAAUGGCUCGGUCACCGGUGGGCCUGCAGCAACAACAGCGGCACCAGCAAUAAUAGUAAUUAUUGUAGCCACGUUUUAUGUUUAAUUUUUCUUCGAUGAUUUCCAAGCGUCUGCCAAACGCGCAUGCGUGAUCGCGAUAAACAUAUGAUAUACAUAAUUUUUAUUUUAUUUUUUCUAGUAAUCUCUCGAGUACCUUCUACCUAUAAACUAUUAUAUUAUACUCAUCAUAUUAUGUGUUUGAUAUUAUCGUCAUGUUUCGUUUUUAG